AUGCGGCCGUCGGUAUUCCAAUCAGAACAUCGGAGGGGCACCAAUGGCGCGGUGCCAGCUGUACAAGCCAUCAUCAAGCAUGAGGCAAUUCACAAGAGUAGGGCUUGGGUGGAGAAAGCAUCCGUUCCGGAGCUUAUUGAAGGGAACCCUACCGUCGAUCCUGUGCAUGUUGUGCAAGCUCUGGUGGACACACUCUUGGAUGUAUUCGAUGCUACAAGAGAUCUGUACGAAACCCUCACAGUCAAGGAGCAAAGGGACUAUGAACAGAAUCUACGCAGCAAAGGCUACCCUGCCUCCAGGAGGAUCGAGUACGUGAAAGAUGAACGCCUUGGUAGCGACGAAGCAAUCGUUACGGACAAAGCGGUAGUCACACGGCAGUUUGAUAUUGGGUACCAGACCAUUGGGGUUGAGUUUGCUGAGGGUGAUGUGAUUGCGUAUACAGCUCUCCAGUCACAAAUCAUCACUCUUCAGAGUGUGUUGGUGACGACAUUCCUCUACGGACCUACCUCCGGUGAGCCUAUCGCAAAUCAGCUGGCCAGCAUCAACACAGCGUCAAGAGUAGCUGCUGCAACCCCUGUCAACACGACGGUACUCACAUGGCGUGACAACGUCGAACCAGAACCCUCUAUCACUGACGCUACCUCGAUGACAGGACCCACCCUGGCGUCCAGGUCUAACAACCUAUACUGCGUGUACGCCUACGACCUCCAGCGAUCUCCCACCCAACAACUAUCAUCUAGCAUAACAUCAGACAGGGAUCCAUAUUGUCCGCACUGCAAGGGCGCACUUCACCUCUCACCAGGGAAAGCAUGGGAGAUAUCCAAAUGGGCUGGUGACACGGAGCGAACCUUCCAAGUCCAAAACCGUUUUGUCGUCAAGUGCCACCGUGAUGGUCCUGAUGGCCAAUACUGCUGCGUCAUAUGCUCCAAGUACGCUGAAUCAGACACCGUCUGCGGCGAUGUCAAGGCUCUCAUUAAACAUCUCUCAGAUGACCACGACGUUCGUGAGCUCAAGCAUGAAGAAGAUAUCGUGGAAGUCAUCGAGCAGCCGGGGAGUCGCAGGGAUAGCGGACUUGGCUUUGCUUCUUCAAAGGGCAGCAGGAGGAGUGCUAGUUUGGCAUCGGGGAGGAGGAGGAAGAGCUUGCCCGCGUACGAUCGCGAAGUUGACGUCUUUGAUGUGAGGUCCUCAAGGAGGUAG